AUGUUAACUAAAUGUUUAUAUCUUGAAUUUUAUAAAUUUCAAUGUUCUUUUGAAAAAACUAACAAUACUGUUUCUACUUGUGUUAAUUUAUUUUUUGAUGAUGAUAUUUUGAUACCGCAUCAAAAUUUAUUGAAAAUUACAAAUAAACAAUAUAAUUAUUUUCCAAAAGAAAUUAGUAUUAAAUUUAAGAAGUUUGAAAGAAAAUUAAAAAGAUUAACAGAUUUAACAAACAAGAAAAAGGUGGUGGUAGUUAAAAAAAAAACAAAUUAUAAAAUUGGUCAUGAUUUUGAAAAAAUAAUUGUUAAAUUAUUAAAUAAUAAUGGAUUUGUAGCUCAAUUAGUUGUAUGUCGACCAGGUGAUUUUGGUAGUGAUAUUUUUGCAUCUUAUAAAAAGAAUUUAAUUAUUAUUCAAUGUAAAAAUCAAAUGUCUAAAAUAGGCAUUGAUGUAAUUCAAAGGAUGCAAUCUGCUUCUGUUGGACACUUUAAAGAUUCAUUAGGUAUGAUAGUUUAUAAUAGUAAAAAAUUAAAUAGUAAUCCAUUAACUAAGGAUGCUAGUACUUGGCAUCAAAGCUCCUCAGCUUGUAUAGCUUUCAUACAAGUCUGA